AUAAAGGACUAUACUAUGUCCAUCUCCCGGACGAGGGCUCCGGCAUUGAUCCGAUCCGAUAUAGGUGUUCACCCGAUAUCUUCUCUCUUCUUCUGUCUCUUGCUGUCGCCUGGGCUACCCGCCCCCGGAAACCACACGUCGAUUUCACGAUUCACAGCGCCCGGUCCGCAAGGAACAGACUUGCUAGGCGAGAACAUCCGGGACACUUCGUCUGACUCGAUUGGGCCCAGCCAUCGCGCGCAGAGAGAGGGGACGGGGGUGGUCCAAAUCCUGACGCUCGUGGCGCCCUUUUCGUUUGUCAGUUCCGACACACCUGGCCGCAAAGGUGUUCCUUGCGGUGGGUCUCGCCAGCGAGAAGAGGAAAAAAAAGGGGAGAGGAGGUCGGCGGCGGAGAGGAGAAGGGAUAUGCCCUUGGGGAGGGAUGCUGUUUGGCGGUUUGGGAUUUUGAUUGCGGGCGUGACUGCUGGGUGACGCCAGUCUUGGCCUGCACGAGUUCCAUUCCGGUCGCGGCUUGCUGGCUGCCCCCCACUCCCCACCCCCUGGCUCCCCCUCCCCCUCUGCCCUCACGACCGCUGAAUCUGAUUGACCCAGCAGCCCAGCCUCCGCGCCCCGCACGCCCGCGACGCUGUGCUGCUGCACUGGUGGCAGGCCCUAGGUCAGGACCAACCCCCAUACGUGUUGUGUUGUGUUGUGUUGUGUUGGAGGCAAGUACCUACCUGUCCGUACAUACAUCUUACACUCCGACGCAGAGUACCUACCUGAGUACCUCCCCGCCUCGACUGGACGGACCUCUUGUCGCAAUCAAUUGGAGCGCCCAGACCCCUCCAGCCCGGCUCGUCGCUUUGCUGGAUCCUUUGUGCCUAGGUUCCUUCUUUUAUUUUUAUUUUUGCGCGACAUCGCCGUCGUUUCCGCCCCUGUCAUCCCUUCCCGCUGCUCAGACCCUUCCUCCCUCCUGCGAACGCUCACCACCCGCCGCCUCCUUUCGCCAUUGUCAGCACCACCACCACCACCACCACCGCCACCCCUACACCUGCCACGCCGGUGGACGCCCGCGUCUGGUAGGGUAGGUGCGACAAGCGCGCUCGCGCCCAUCGAGCAGCCACACACCUCCCUCCCCCAUCCACCUCCCCCACCCGCUGCCAUUGCGCGUCCGGGUUCUGGAUGCCUUCGCUACCUGGCUUCCUCAAGAAGAAGCGGACAAAGGAGGGCAACCCCGAUCGCGGCUCCACCAGCCAACCGACGAGCCCCGUCACGCCCACGGCCGCGCAAAGCUUCGACCAGGCCCUAGCCUCGGCAGGCGCUCUUCCCGCUGCUGCCGCCCCCGCCGCGGCGUCUGGACAGCAGCUGCCGCCGCAAGCACAGGCGCAGCAGCAGCAGCAGCAGCAGCAGCAGCAGCAGCAGCAGCAGCAGCAGCAGCAGCAGGCGCAAGUGCAACAACACCAGUCCGGGUCCCAGGUCCAGCAGCCAACCAUGAACCCAGUAACCGCACCACCACCCGUCUACACUCCGCCCACGCACACGCCCUCCCCUGGGUCUCUAGAGCCGCAGAACCUACCGAGCAUCUCCAACCUCAUAAAUAUUCCUCAGCAGCAGCAUGACGAUCUGUCGGCCGGCUAUCAGAACCAGAUACAAUCCCGAUUCCCCCUACCGCCCUCGCACGGGAGCCCCGCCCCAGGCCUGUCGCAACAGCAACAGCAACAGCAGCAGCAACAGCAACAGCAGCAGACGCCUCACCAACCCCAAGCCAUGAUGCCGCAGCAACAGCAGCAACAACAACAACAACAGGGCGCGCAGCCCCAGGCGCAGCCCCAGGCCCACGCUCAACAGCAGCAGCCACAACAAACCCCGCAGGAGCAGCAGGUCCGCGUGACAAAGGGCAAGUACUCGCUGGCCGACUUUGAGAUACUGAGGACCCUCGGCACAGGUAGUUUCGGCCGGGUCCACCUUGUCCAGUCGAGGCACAACCAGAGGUUCUAUGCCGUCAAGGUGUUGAAGAAGGCCCAGGUGGUCAAGAUGAAGCAGAUCGAGCACACCAAUGACGAGAGGAAGAUGCUCGGCGAGGUCAAGAACCCCUUCCUAAUCACGCUGUGGGGCACCUUUCAAGACUGCAAGAAUCUGUACAUGGUCAUGGAUUUUGUUGAGGGCGGCGAGCUCUUUUCGCUGCUGAGGAAGUCUGGCCGCUUCCCGAACCCGGUGGCCAAGUUCUACGCGGCCGAAGUGACGCUGGCGCUCGAGUACCUGCACGCCAAGAACAUUAUAUACCGAGAUCUGAAGCCGGAAAACCUCCUCCUUGACCGACACGGCCAUCUCAAGAUCACCGACUUUGGAUUUGCCAAGCGCGUGCCGGACAAGACAUGGACGCUUUGUGGGACGCCAGACUACCUAGCGCCCGAGGUGGUGUCCAACAAGGGCUACAACAAGUCGGUUGACUGGUGGUCGCUGGGCAUCUUGAUCUACGAGAUGCUGUGCGGCUACACGCCCUUUUGGGACAGUGGAUCGCCCAUGAAGAUCUACGAAAACAUUAUCCAGGGCAAGGUCAAGUAUCCGGCAUACAUAAACCCAGAUGCCAAGGAUCUCCUCCAGCGAUUGAUCACGGCGGACCUGACCAAGCGCCUGGGCAAUCUUUACGGCGGCUCGCAGGACGUGAAGAACCAUCAGUGGUUCCUCGAGGUCACGUGGGACCGACUGGCUCGCAAAGACAUCGACGCACCCUACACCCCGCCUGUCAAGGCUGGGGCUGGCGACGCUAGCCAGUUUGACAGGUAUCCAGAGGAGACGGAACGAUAUGGCCAGACAGGCCCGGACGACCACGGCCACCUAUUUGCCGACUUCUGAUGUUGCACACGAUGACGACACCGGAGGUGCGGGUUUUUGUUCUUGGGUACCCUUGGAAAGAAGCAAGCGGGGGGUGUGUGGCUUCAAGGCCCAUGUGCAACCCCCUUGCUGAUCAUAUCUCUCGAGGUUUGGUGAAACGGAACGGGCGGGUUGGACUUUGGGUUAGCUUGGGCGGGGGAAACGAAGAAAAAACUCAUGGUCUUUAUUCUUUAUUUGGUUGGGCGGACUCGGUGCUACACCUUGGAUAACACGCAUAGAAGAGAACCUACCUCACAGCCUUUAUCGAAUAUCAUCUUUCUUUUUGGUUGCGGACUGGUUGCGGACUUGGCCUUGAAGAUGUUUGCUCGCUGCCUUGGGGGCUGG